AUGAUUGUAGCCAGUUUCAAAUUGCUUUGUGAAGGACAGGGGAGUGAAAAUGAAGGUUUUGUAAACAAACGAAACGAACUGUUUACGCAAGGUGGUUGUUUGUUGUGGGGUGAUCGGGUGGUAGUGCCAACAAAACUACGAACGAGGGUCUUAGAAUUGUUGCACGAAGGGCAUCCGGGCAUUGUCAGAAUGAAAAGUUUAGCCCGCAGUUACGUAUGGUGGCCCAACAUGGACCAAGUUAUCUCUGAGUGGGUGGGGAAGUGCAGACCCUGCCAGGAGUCUCGCCCCGAUCCCCCGGUAGCGCCCAUCCGAGAGUGGGAGAAACCAAAAGGGCCAUGGGGGAGGAUCCAUAUUGAUUUUUCUGGCCCCUUCCAUGGGCAAACCUUUUUAAUUGUAGUAGAUGCCUUUUCAAAAUGGCUCGAAAUCAUUCUAAUGCCCUCUACCACAGCCGAGGCUGUUAUUAAAGCCCUUCGCAAGCUGUUCGCCACACAUGGCCUACCGGACACCCUAGUAUCUGACAACGGCCCUCAGUUCACAGCAACCCUGUUCGAGGGAUACUUGGCCGGACUGGGCAUCCGCCAUGCCCUAUCGGCCCCGUUCCACCCGGCUUCUAACGGAUUGGCCGAACGUUUUGUAAGAACGGGCAAAGAGGCCCUAUCCAGACUAGAUAACGGGGACUGGCAGGCCAGGAUAGAUCAAUUCUUAGCUGUCCAGCAUGCCACACCAUGCACAGCCACAGGGAGAAGCCCAGCAGAGCAUCUGAGAGAGUACUUCAACACAGUCAUGGCAAAGAACCUAGGAUAA